AUGGCGAAUCACAACUUUGAGCUUUUACACUCUGUAAAAGCUAACAACAGCAUCCCUGUGUCGAAAUACAAAUCUAAAGACACGGGCUUAACUGUGUUUUUAGCGCAAGUCGAGGGGCCACUCGUCAACGGAUAUUUUUGUCUUGCUACUGAGGCUCAUGAUGAUGAUGGAUUGCCACAUACAUUGGAACAUCUUAUAUUUCUUGGUAGUGAAAAAUACCCAUACAAGGGUAUCUUAGAUUUAUUAGCUAACAGAUGUUUGGCUUCUGGUACCAAUGCUUGGACUGAUACAGAUCAUACCUGUUACACCAUGACUAAUGCUGGUAGUGAGGGCUUUAAUAAUCUUCUACCAAUUUAUAUUGAUCAUAUACUUUAUCCAACCCUAAAGGAAUCAGGCUAUGUGACUGAAGUUCACCAUGUAAAUGGAGAAGGUGAAGAUGCUGGAGUAGUAUAUUGUGAAAUGCAAGCUAGAGAGAAUUCAGGAGAAAGUCGCUGCCAUCUAGCCAUGUUAAGAAAUAUGUAUCCAGGAAUUUGUGGUUUUAAGUCUGAAACUGGAGGUAUAAUGGCUAAUCUAAGAGAUAGUACCUCACAUGUAAAGGUGAUGAAUUAUCAUAAAGAAUUUUACCGUCCAGAAAAUCUUUGUUUAGUAAUAACUGGACAAGUAACACCAGAAGACGUUUUUGCUGCCUUACAACCAGUUGAAAAUAGCAUCAAAUCCAAGGGUCCUUUAACAGAAUUCAAACGACCAUGGCAGAGUUCUGUACCAAGUCUAGAUAAAACUGUAGAAACAAUAGUGCCUUUUCCCUCUGAUGAUGAAGAUAGGGGUAUGGUUUAUGUAGGCUGGAGAGGUCCUUUAGCUAAGGAUCAGUAUACUAUGCAAGCAAUAGCAGUAUUAUUACAAUACCUAUCUCUCUCAGCAAUAUCACCAUUAGAAAAAACUUUUAUAGAAAUAGAACAACCCUAUUGUAGUAAGGUUGGUCACUCUAUAAUAGAGAAUACUGAAUCCUGUAUUUACCUUACAUUUCAAAACUGUUUAACACAGAAAUCUAAAGACAUCUACCCAAAAUUACAAGAAGUUUUGAGUCGAAUCUCUAAAAAAAAAGAUAGUUUUGAUAUGAAGAGAAUGCAGACAUUGAUACAUAGAAAUGUUUUAGAUGCCAUGAAUAAUGUAGAAGAUCAACCUCAUGAUACAAUAGCUUUUCAAAUAAUUGGUGAUUUUCUGUAUGGUCAUACUGAAGAUGAUUUGAAGACAAGACUGAAUACUAUAGACGGUUUUAAACAACUUAAACUAGAAUCAGAAGAUUAUUGGAUUAAUUUGAUUGGAAAAUAUUUUGUUGAUAAACCUUGUGUUGUGAUUAUUGGUGAACCCAGUAUUAAAUUAAUGGAAGAGAUGGGACAGACAGAAAAAGAUAGAGUAGCAAAACAAAGAUCAGAGCUAAGAGAAAGUGGAUUGAAGAAAAUGGCUGAGACCCUAGAGAAGGCAACAGAGGAAAAUGAGAUUGAACCAACAACAGCAAUGUUAACCUGUGUAGAUGUACCUAAAGUUGCUAGUAUCAAGUUUCAUCCUAUAUCUCCGUCCUCCAACCAUAAUAACACUACCGCUAAUAAAACUACCAAGUUCCCUCUAUAUGAUAUACCAUUCAGAUUUCAAUUAGAUGAUAUACAUACUAACUUUGUAGAAAUGACAGCUCUGAUAGAUUCUUCUGGUGUACCUCAAGAAUAUAAGUUAUAUCUACCUCUAUUUAGUGAGGCCUUAAUGGAAAUACCAAUCAAAAGAAAUGGAGUGUUGAUAUCCCAUGAAGAUGUUAUAUCUCAACUAGAAUCUGAUACACUCUCUGCUGAAUCCAGUUGGGGCUUUCAGGGCUCUACCUUCUCUUGUGGAAGCUUUCCUCAAUUACUUAAUAUAACUCUGAAGGUAGAAAUAGAUAAAUAUGAAGCUGGUGUAAAAUGGCUACAAGAUUUUCUCUAUAAUACUGUUUUUACUGAAGACAGAUUAAAGAUAGUAGCCAAACGACUAGUGAAUAGUAUUGCCAGUUAUAAAAGAAAGGGAAAUGCUGUAGCUAGAAUGAUACUUAAUGACCUUCUCUUUCAAAAAGAAUGUAAUCAUCAUAUAGUAAGUGCUGUCAGACAAGAAACAUUUUUAACAUCUAUUGGUAAACUUCUAGAAUCCAAUCCUAAAAAGGUUGUUGAAGACGUUGAAAAUUUACGUAAAAUUUUGACAAAUCCAAUGAACUUGAGAGUCCAUGUGGCAGCUGAUGUAAAAAAUCUAACCAAGGAUCUUUCAUUACCAUGGAGACAGUUUCUGCCUGUAUAUGGCGCUGGACCCACAGAAACUGGUAUGAUGAAGAAGACCUAUGAAUAUAUUUUACCGUAUACUGAAGUAAAAGAGAAGAGUAUAUUAGCUGGUAUUGGUAGUAUAGAAUCAGCCUAUCUCUAUAUUGCUGUACCAUGUAUUAAUGAUUUUAACCAUCCUGAUUUACCAUCAAUACAAGUAUUAAUACAAUAUCUAACACAAUUAGAAGGACCCAUGUGGAAACAGAUAAGAGGACUGGGACUAUCUUAUAGUUAUACUAUGUAUCUAUCACCAGAAAGUGGUUUGUUAUGUUUCUAUCUAGGAAGAUCUACUCAUAUUGUUAAUGCUUAUAAAGAAGGCAGGGAUAUAGUGUUAGGUUAUAUUAAUGGUGAUAUAAAAUAUAAUACAGUUGAAUUAGAAGCUGCUAGAAGUAGUUUGAUAUUUGAAAUAAUAGAACUAGAGAAGAAUGUAUCAGAUGUAUCUCACCAAUCAUUGUUAUCCUAUCUUAAACAAAUAGAUCAUGAUUAUAACAAAAAAUUACUGGAGAAAGUAUCAAAAGUAACUAUUGAAGAUUUGAAGAGGGUGGGGCCUAUUUAUUUCCCUCAGUUGUUCGACGUGAAUAAAAUAAGAUGUGUUGUUUGUGUAAAUCCUUCUAAAAUAGAGGAAAUCAACAAAGACUUCAAAGAGUUGUCAUUAAACACUACAGUUAUGGCAUCAAUUGAAGAAGGAUUUUUAGCAGAAGUUUAGCUCUGUCUAUAUUCAAUAUUUACUAUGCACAUUGUUAUAACAUGUUAUUUUUAGCUAAUUAUCUAAUUAAACACCAAUCUAUAGUGCAAAGUUGGAAUUGACAAGUAAUUUUUAUGUUUUUUUUUAAAGCUGCACCAAUCAUACCUUAUUCAAGAAAUGGUAGGAGCCAAUUCCAUUCAAGAAAAGUUAUCAAAAUAAAAAAAAAAAUUUCCAGCAUGAUUAUCAUUAUUGUCUUCAAGGUUCAUAUUUUACUAAUUAAAAAAUUGUCUCUAAUUUAUGGUAAUAUUAUUUCAACAUCCUGUUGUCAAAUUUCAGCAGGGAACAAUCCUGGAGAUAUAUAUUGUAUAAGAGUUCUGUGACUAAUAUCUAUAACCUUACAUCUCCUGUAUUUCAAUGCAUAAUAAGUCUGCUUAAAGAGAUAUUAUACAAGUGCUAUUGUUUUUUUCUUAUGCCUGAAUUAUAUUCAUAAUAAAUUUGUUUGCAAAUU